AUGUUAUGCAACAGCUUUCUGAAGUCUGCAAGCCUUCAUUUGCGGCCUAUCAGGAAACAUAGUGAGUUGAGGCAGUUUAGCUGUGUCUGGAGAGUUUUGAAUGCAACUCAGAGCUUUACUUAUUUGUCGGAUUGUAAAUUUGCAAGAACGAGAAAUAUGAUGGUUGAUUCUGGUGCAACUGCAAGAGGAGGACAAAUAGUCGAUCUUUUACCUGAGAAAGAUGAUGGAGGCUAUGCCCGCGGAGGAUGGAAGUGUGAAGAUGGAAGAUCGAGCUGUGGAUAUUCCAGUUUUAGAGGGAAAAGGGUUAGCAUGAGGAUUUUUAUGACUUCAAAACUUCCAAGAUUGAUGGACAAACAGUCUGUCUUUUUGGGAUAUUUGAUGGUUAGAUCUUGUCCCAUCGCUGUUCAUCUCAAAGCUUCGAGGUGA